CUGUCGUGCGCCAGCCGCUCUUUAGAAAAGCCUACACAUCGGCAAUUCAACGCAAGCCACACUCCUCGACAGCAAGUGGAUACAACAGUGAUAAUACAUCGAAUGCUAACAAUAUUGCCAUUUUGAAACAACCAGACAGUUUACGUAGAUUUCGCAACUUGCAAAAUCAACGCACGCUACUUGGCCGCGCUAUAUAUUCCAGCCCGGAACUACGUCGCCCAUCAAACGACGACGAUACGGUUGAGAGCCUCGCGCAUGUGGUGCGCACCAAAUCCGAUGGCGAUUUGCGUGCUUUGCUAAAAAGUUGUACAGGCAACGCGGCAGACACCGCUGGACGUGGUUUAAUUGGUGCUAAGUCGGAGGUGUGCUUGCAGUCAAUAUCAUCGCACAGCUAUCAAGAAGAAAGUCAAACGACACAAAUCUCUACAUCAAGUUAUCCACGCUUGGAAGCUUCAGCUGAACGACGAUCACCAGUUUCAGAGCCUAUAGCCGUGUCACAACUAACUAGGAAGAGUCUCACCUCCACCGGUAAUAUGAUGUCCGGCGCACGUUCACACCGUGACCUCACACAAUCAACUUAUGCCGGCAAUAGUAGUACGUAUGACGUCACAGUUUCAUCAGCCCGUCGGCGUUUGAGCGAAUGCAGCAUAAACUCAAGUUAUUCACAACGCACCAGUGCUAUGUCCAGUAGCGUUUUGACGCUAUCAUCCAAUAAUCCAGCCGCAAACGAACCUAACUCUGUGAUGCGUGUGCCUAUAAUCGGAUAUGAGGUAAUGGAGGAGCGAGCACGUUUUACAGUGUACAAGCUACGGGUGGAGAAUCCAUUGACCAACGAAUGCUGGCUAGUGUUGCGCCGUUAUACAGAUUUUGUGCGCUUGAAUACGAAACUUAAACAACUUUUCCCAAACAUUGUGCUACUGCUGCCGCGCAAGAAAAUAUUUGGUGAUAAUUUCAAUGCUGUCUUCCUGGAUAACAGGGUACAAGGGCUGCAAAUAUUUGUUAACUCCAUUAUGGCCAAAGAGGAGUUAAGGAAAUGUAAGCUGGUGCGCGAGUUCUUUUGUUUGGAUGAACCGCCUUCAUAUUCUGAAUCUAUGGAGGAGUGUAGAGCAAUUUUCGAAGCACAAGAAGAAACAAUAGCUCAUCUGAAAGCGCAAGUAAAUAGUAAAAACGAAUUGAUAUUAAAUUUACAACAAAAGUUACGUGAUGAAAUUGUGGAAAAAGAGACACUCAAAAACGCUACCAGUAAUUGUCAACGCUGUAGUGUUGCAAAUCCGGGUGCUAUUUAAAGGUGGUAAAAUGCACAACAAAAUAGCAAAAAUUAAGAGAUUUAAUUUUAAUUGUUAUCAUAAUAAUGCUGAUGAUAUGGUUCCGUGUGUUAUGCUAAGCUUAGCACGCGGUAAUAACGAAAUGCAAUCGAAAAGAAGAUAUUCUGCUGCAAUAAGAGCAAAAUAAAACUUCGACAAAGUUGGAGAUUGUUUUUGUUAAACUGAUUAACGUAGGCGAAUGUUAAACAAAAAUGUGAAAAAUAAUAUAACAUCUCAGUAAAAUUCUGUUCCAGAAAAUUGAAUUUUCUAACGUUCUCGAACUGUAUGAUAUUUUAAUUGUAUAAAUUACUUUCUUUCUGUUGUAAACCGUUAAGUGCUUUAGUUUUAAAAUUGAUAUCCUUAAAGGUGGUUUAAGAUGGCAGCAAAGGGGGUUGUAUUCUUUUCAAGUAUAAUGUAUUUCCAUAGUUUCCAUUAGUAUUUGUAUAUUACAACCUAAUUUAUUAGCGUAAUUUUGCUAUUGUAUAGAAAAAUGUUAAAAGCAAUAAUGAUGCAUUCAUUUAAGUAAACUUUUUUUCCUU